ACUCGUACCAUUCGUAACAUCCAUUAUGAUUAGUGCACAAUGUUACAUCUAUAAAAAUUGAAACCUUAAAAUUUAUACACGUGUCUUUGUUAUUUAUUGAUAAAAAAUGAUUUGCAACGUUCUUUUCGAUGAAGAACAUUCCGAAAACCAACAUUUAUUAAUAGUAUUCAAAUAUGAACACCCGAAUUAUGGUGAAAGAUUAUUCACAUUUAAACGUAGCCUCACAGAAUCAUUAGAAUGUUGUAGCAAACGGAUAAAAAUUAAUUUACAAAAAGCAUUCACUGGUAAUAAUAAGAAGAAAAAUAAAAACCUGGACAACACGAUUGAUUUUACAAUCAAGUUUUAUCGGAACGAUAAUGAAAUCUAUGGCAGUAUCGUGAAUAAUGAUUUCUGGAAAGAUGGUUCAACAAUGUCAAUCAAUGGGACGGAUUAUAUCAUCAAGUUUAACCAUCCACAUGUUUCAGAAAUUAGACUUUCAAAUGUAAUAUUGACUGGUUACUUCACCUAUCCUUAUUUGGAAAUAAUUAAUGGCAAUAUUGUCGAUAGUCAAUUUACAUGGUUUCGUUCGAAAGAUUCCUUGGAAUGGAUCUUUGUGGGUGACGGAUUUCUCUAUGAAGUAAAACAAGAGGAUUUGGAUCAUGAAUUAAAAGUCGUUUGUUCACCAAGGCUGGCAGAAAAGGAAGGCAUUUCUCGAGAAGUUAUAUCACCAAAAACAAUUUCAAAAGGACCAGAAAAUUGUCCAUUUGAAAAAAGUUUUAUCCAUACUCGAGAAAAUUUUUCAAAUUCAUUACGAGUUGUUUCAUACAAUCUUCUAGCCGAUUUAUAUGCUAAUUCAGAAUAUUCAAGAGAUGUUCUUUAUUCGUAUUGUAAUGAUUCUUAUUUAAAUUUUUCAUACCGAAAAACAUUAUUGAUCAAAGAGCUGCUCGGUUAUAAUGCUGAUAUAUUUUUUCUUCAAGAACUUGAUUCAAUCUUCUACCGAAAAGGUUUAAAUCCCAUAUUAAAUUUCAGUAGCUAUGAUUCAUAUUUCAUUGCCAAAGAAUCCAAUUCUGAAGGCUUGUGUAUUUUUUAUCGACGUUCCAAAUUUGAAUGCAUACGAGCCGAAGCACAUACUUAUUCGGAUUUGCUCAUGAACAAUCAACAAUUUGAAUUUUUACUACAAAAAAUAUCGGAAAAUCAGCAAUUGUUUAAUCGUGUUAAGAAAUUAAAAAAUACUUUUCAAAUUCUCAUUUUGAAAUCGAUUGAACAACCGAACAAAUUACUUAUUUUAUGUAAUUUACAUCUUUAUUCAAAAGAUGAUGCCGAUCAUAUUCGAUUAAUUCAAACGUUUAUCACCAUAAAAUAUGUGGAAAAAUGUUUAAUAGAAUUAAUUCAAAAUAAAAAUUAUUCCCAUUGUCAGAUAACGACAAUUUUGUCUGGUGAUUUCAAUUCAACACCAGAAUUUGGAGUGGUAAAAUUUAUAAAGGAUAAAAAAGUGGAUUCAACACUCGAAGAUUUUAAAAGCAACGAAUCGGAAGUAAUCAAGGAUUUUGUUUGGCAACAUCAACUCAAUUUUGAAAGCGCUUGUGGUUUUCCUGAUUAUACACACUAUGCACAACAUUUUUCUGGUUGUUUGGAUUACAUUUUUUAUGAUCCGAUUGGUCUAAAAGUCCUCAAUGUGGUUCCUAUGGCUGAACAUCAAGAAGUGAUCAAAGAGAUAGCGUUACCAAACCAGAAAAUUCCAUCAGAUCAUUUGCCAUUGAUUUGUACAUUUGUUUGGAAUAAAUAAUUAUCGAAUUGUUUGGUUUAAUCAAAA